AUGGAUUUAGUUCAUGAAGAUCAAGAUUUUAUGAUUGAUGGUGAUUCUUCUCGUGAAGCUUUCUUUUACAACUCAACUGAAGGGGAGGAUGAUUAUGAAGAAACUGACGAGUCCUACAUUUCAUCACUCAAUUCCGAUACCACUGUAAAUGAUCCUGUUUUGGCGAGUUUCAUAAAUGAACUUUUCCAAGAUUCUUCUGAUCAUUCUGAUAAUAUUAUCAGUUGUCAAAAAUUUUAUCAUUUUAAUCCUUGUUACUAUGAGGUACUACAUCAUGGCAGUCAUAUACAACCAGCUUUACAAAAUAUCGCUCUUAUCGUUGAAUCCUGGCUCACUGAAAAAUUAUCAUAUGCUGCCGAAACUAUUCCCACUUUGGAUGAUUCCCCUCAAAUUUCUCCUAUUCCUAUUUUGGAGGAAUCUCCUCAAAUUUCAGCUGAAAGUGUAAUGACAAAAUUAAAAAUGUUUUUAGAAGCAUUCAAUGGUCUAUCAAAAGUACAUAUAAACAUUCGAGCUGGUCAUGUUUAUUUUCUUUAUAUGACAGACGGUGAGAUUAUAAUAUCCCCAAAUCAUAAACAAUUCAUUCAAGAGUCUGAAGAUCGAAAUGGUACUCUUGCUCCAAACAGAAUUUCACUUAAUCAUCAAUUGACUGAUACUACAACAAUUAAACGAACUGCUUCUUCAGCUGAUGGCCAAAUAUUUUUUAUGUUGGAUGAAUUUCCAACAACCGUAAAUUAUAUGGGGAAUAAUAAUGCACGUUUUUAUAGUGGCACGAGUUAUGCGGGCGAAAUAAUCGUUCAACCCUAA